AUGCAUAGUCAAGAGAGAGCCGCAUGUUUCGCUGCACAAAGGCGUGAAGCAAGAGACGACGCAGCAGACGAAGACGGAGAGAGACGAGAGGGCCACAGCAUCUUCGAUAGCUCCGACGACAGUGAUACAAGGUUUAUCAUGAUGCAAUACGAUAGGAAUCGAGUUGAUACGAAGCGUCGGGCCGGCAUUGACCAUAAAAAGCGGCAGUUUGCAACGCCCGUCUAUAAACAUCUUCAAUAUUCACACCGGCUGAACUUCUAUGAGGUGCCACCAACAGCGGAAAUCACUCUGGAGCAGUUUGAGCAAUGGGCAAUUGAUCGUCUUAGAGUUCUAUCUGAACUGGAGGCUUGCUCCUAUCGAAAUAAAACCCCGGCGGAAACGGCUGCUCACAUCGCCCCUCUGCUCAAAAAAUUCCUCCCGUUGAACUCAAAUACCUCUUUGGGUAGUAGUAGUGACGAUAUACUUCAAGCUGAGAGACAGAAGGACCACUAUUCCCAUUUUAUACUACGGCUUGCGUUCGCUUCAACCGAUGAUUUGAGGCGACGGUUUGUCCGUCUGGAGUCUAUGCUGUUUAAAUUCCGGUUUCAGCAAGAUGAUGCACGGGAAAGACGCGAGUUUGUGGACAGUUUACAUUUGGACUGGGAGACAGUGACUGACGAGGAAAAGGCCGAGUUGGGCGAGGCUUUGUUGGCGUCGACUCCUGGUCUUCGAUGGGUUGAUGACGAAAGUUGGUUCAAGGUCGACUGGGAAGCUGUACCUGAGUUGAUCGAACGGCGAAGUAUAUAUGUGAAGAAAGGGAAGGCAUAUGUACCUUUGCGCGAACAGCUGAGCAUGAUUCUUGCAGAAUUCACAUCCCGGUUGGAAAAGGCUAUGGAACUCACCAGCCGUGCUCUACCCCGACUUGACGAAGAUGACCGCCUUUCGCCAAUUCUCCAGCAUCUAUCUAAGAACUUUGGAACCGCAGACUCUUCUUAUUCUGAAGGGGAGGGUGCUGUUCCCGGAGCCCCGAUCAAUGCCGCCUCAGUUGACGUAUUAGCACAGCAUUUUCCGCUCUGUAUGCGGAAUCUACAUAUGCAACUCCGGAAGAACGCACAUUUGAAACAUUUCGGGCGACUCCAAUAUACCCUUUUCCUCAAAGGCAUUGGCCUGUCACUUGAUGACUGUCUAGUGUUCUGGCGGCGGUCAUUCCGGAACAUAACUGAUGACGAGUUCAACUCCAGAUAUAAAUAUAACGUUCGCCAUGCAUACGGUGAUGUCGGCGGUGACAUGAACCGGAGAGGACGAGGGUAUCCACCAUACUCAUGCCAAAAGAUUCUCACUGAUAAUGCUCCUGGCACCGGCCAGACCCACGGGUGCCCCUACCGACACUUUUCACCAGAUAACCUCGUCUCUCUGCUUGAAGCGGUCGGUAUAACGGACCGAGAGACCCUCCGCGGUGUACGGGAGGACGUUGGCCGAACCCGCUAUCAUAUUGCCUGCAAUCGAGUAUUUGAGCAUGUUCAUAAGAACGAGCUAAAGAAAGUUCGGGACGAAGGCAUAUGGAGUCAAACUGAGCUUGAUACCAUCGUUCACCCAAACGUUUACUUCAAGCGCAGUUACUUACUGAAGAACCUCAACAAUGCACCAAAAACAGAGGUUGAAAUGACGUCGUAA